UGUGGGAUUGUGGGACGUUGGCUGGGGCCCAGGAAUCCGCAGAAUGCCCCGGCGCUCGGCGGCGUCUUGCAUCAGCCGGCAGAAGUUCGCGCUCGGCCGGGAAAAGGAAGCUGCGGCCCGGGCUGCUGCUCUGGGGCUGAAGUAACUUGCCGUGAUGAUCUCCCCUCCCAGGAUGCCCCUCCUACUGCUGCUGCUCCACAUCCCAAGUGCUGCCAAAGCUCAGGUUAAUCCAGCUGUGUGCCGUUAUCCUCUGGGCAUGUCAGGUGGCCACAUCCCGGACGAGGACAUCUCCGCUUCCAGCCAGUGGUCUGAAUCCACAGCAGCCAAGUAUGGAAGGCUUGAUUCAGAAGAGGGUGAUGGGGCUUGGUGUCCGGAGAUCCCAGUUGAGCCAGAUGACCUCAAGGAGUUCCUUCAGAUUGACCUGCAUGCCCUGCACUUUAUCACCCUGGUGGGGACCCAGGGGCGACACGCUGACGGCCAUGGCAAUGAGUUUGCACCAAUGUACAAGAUCAAUUACAGCCGGGAUGGCACCCGGUGGAUUUUAUGGAGGAACCGGCAUGGGAAGCAGGUGCUGGAUGGAAACACCAACCCUUAUGACAUUGUCCUCAAGGACCUGGAGCCUCCCAUCAUAGCUCGCUUCAUACGCUUCAUUCCCAUCACCGACCACUCCAUGAAUGUAUGCUUGCGAGUGGAGCUCUACGGCUGCACGUGGCUAGAUGGGCUGGUUUCCUACAACGCACCUGCUGGACAGCAGUUCGUCCUUCCCAGUGGCACAGUCAUUUUCCUCAACGAUUCUGUGUAUGACGGCGCUUUUGGUUACAGCAUGACUGAGGGACUGGGCCAGCUGACGGACGGUGUUUCUGGCCUGGAUGACUUCACACAGACCCAUGAGUACCACAUGUGGCCCGGCUAUGACUAUGUAGGGUGGCGCAAUGAAAGCGCUGCUGGGGGCUACAUUGAAAUCAUGUUCGAAUUUGAUCGGAUCAGAAACUUCACCACCAUGAAGGUACACUGCAACAACAUGUUUGCCAAGGGGGUGAAGAUCUUCAAGGAGGUUCAGUGCUAUUUCCGCUCCGAUGCCAAUGAGUGGGAGCCCAACACCAUCUCCUCAGUGCUGGUGCUGGAUGACGUCAACCCCAGUGCGCGGUUCGUCACUGUGCCCUUGCUUCAUCGCAUGGCCAGCGCCAUCAAGUGCCAGUAUUACUUUGCUGACACCUGGAUGAUGUUCAGUGAGAUCACAUUCCAGUCAGAUGCAGCCAUGUACAACAACUCCGGAGCCCCUCCUGAGUCACCCAUAGCACCCACCACUUACGAUCCAACCCUCAAGGUGGAUGACAGCAACACACGCAUCCUGAUUGGCUGCCUGGUGGCAAUCAUCUUCAUCCUGGUGGCCAUCAUUGUCAUCAUCCUGUGGAGGCAGUUCUGGCAAAAGAUGCUGGAGAAGGCGUCUCGUCGGAUGCUGGACGAUGAAAUGACUGUCAGCCUUUCCCUGCCUAGCGAAUCCAGCAUGUUCAACCACAACCACUCCUCCUCGUCCAGUGAGCAGGAGUCCAACUCCACCUAUGACCGUAUCUUCCCCCUGGGCCCAGACUACCAGGAGCCCUCACGGUUGAUCCGCAAACUGCCAGAGUUUGCCCCAGGAGACGAAGAGGCAGGCUGCAGUGGAGUCCUCAAACCCGCCCAGCCAAGUGGUCCCGAGGGAGUCCCCCAUUACGCAGAGGCUGACAUUGUAAAUCUGCAGGGGGUUACAGGCAGCAACACCUACUCUGUGCCUGCCAUCACUAUGGACCUGCUCUCUGGCAAGGAUGUGGCUGUAGAAGAGUUCCCUAGGAAACUGCUAACCUUCAAGGAGAAGCUUGGAGAAGGCCAGUUUGGGGAGGUUCAUCUCUGCGAAGUGGAGGGGAUGGAAAAGUUCAUGGACAAAGAUUUUGCGUUGGAUGUCAGCUCCAACCAACCUGUCCUGGUGGCUGUGAAAAUGCUGCGAGCAGAUGCCAACAAGAAUGCCAGGAAUGACUUUCUGAAAGAGAUUAAGAUCAUGUCACGGCUCAAGGACCCCAAUAUCAUCCGGCUGCUGGCAGUGUGCAUCACUGACGACCCUCUCUGUAUGAUUACCGAGUACAUGGAGAACGGAGACCUCAACCAGUUCCUAUCCCGCCACGAGCCCCAGGUCCCCCCUGCCAGCAAUGGACCCAUUGUCAGCUACACUGACCUGAAGUUCAUGGCCACUCAAAUUGCCUCUGGCAUGAAGUACCUGUCCUCUCUGAAUUUUGUGCAUCGGGACCUGGCCACACGCAACUGCUUGGUGGGUAAGAACUACACCAUCAAGAUAGCAGACUUCGGCAUGAGCAGGAACCUGUACAGUGGAGACUACUACCGAAUCCAGGGGCGGGCCGUGCUUCCUAUUCGCUGGAUGUCCUGGGAAAGUAUUUUAUUAGGCAAAUUCACUACAGCCAGUGAUGUCUGGGCUUUUGGGGUGACACUAUGGGAAACCUUCACUUUUUGCCGAGAGCAGCCAUAUUCCCAGCUGUCAGAUGAACAGGUCAUUGAGAAUACUGGAGAAUUCUUCAGGGAUCAGGGGCGGCAGACAUACCUUCCCCAGCCUGCCCUCUGCCCUGAUCCUGUCUACAAGCUAAUGCUCAGCUGCUGGAGACGAGACACGAAAGAUCGCCCCUCCUUCCAGGAAAUUCACCGCCUCCUCCAACCACCAGCCAGCGAAGAGUGACACUUUGCUUCCUUCACACGUCCUGGUCCUCAUCCCACCCUAGAAGAUCCACCUGUAAAAACUGAAGCCACUUCACCUGGACUCACAACAAAACCUGGGCAGUGGUGCUUCUUCUACUGCACAUUAAACAAUCACCAUUAGCAGAGAAAAAAGUGAGAAGGAACCAAGCCUAGAUCAGACCAAAUCCAUAGCUCAUAUGACAAGCUAACUCUGGAAUGACAAAGGAUGAACAAGGGUUACUGAUAGAUGUGGUAUGUUCCUGUUUAUCAGUGGAUUCAGUCAAAGAGGAUUCUGUUUUCCCAUUUUGGAAAGGGAAAUGUAAGGUCCAUGUUCUCCAUGAGGAGGCUCCUUGUGUAGGGAGCGUGUGCUGGAAAUGCAUCUGUGGAUGGGAGUACACACCAGGAAAGUGCCUGGUAAAAGGAGGGUAGUUGGGGGAUGUGCCUAGUGCAGGGAAUGCCAGUGAGGAACACAGUAAUGCAGGAGUUGCCACUAAAGCAGAGUGGGCUGUGCAAUUACAAAGUGAAAACUGAACCUGUCUGGACACUUUUAGGUUUCAGACAGGCUCAACGGAUUUAGCAUUCGCCUGGUUAGGAUUCCUCCCAUCCUUGCUUGGUUAUAGCCCGUUAGACAGGAGAAAGCCCAAACACAUUGUGUAGUACAAUGUGCCAGCUGCUGGGCUGGAAUGUGCAUUCUGCUUGGUAGGUGAACAGUCCCACUGCAAUGGAGGCAUUGCUUUCUGAGGAGCAUAUGGUUUACUGCAUCUGCUGCAGGACCAAUGAGUAAUAACAAGCCACCCAUCUAGAGUGCCCUCCUUUGACCCAGGCACAGCCUCUUGAGAGGGCCUGAUGUCCUAGAGAAAUGCAUUCUGUAUCUGCUGUUCAUGUUGUCAAGGUAGGGAAAUCCUACAGCUACCAGAUUAGUGCGGUAGGUGCUAGCUCUGCAUUUCCUGAGAAUCAGAGAGAUGUUUUAGAUCAAACAUUUAAUUUCAAAGGGUAAUGGCCAUAAUCACCCAGUUCCCUCCCCAUGUAUAAACCCCCCUCACCUUCUUGAGCUUUUAUAAGUAAAGGAACAGGAUCUUGCACUACUCUGGACAUCCGCCAGCACCGAGGGCUGCCACUAGCACCCACUCCUGCUUGUAGUAACCUUGAGCACCAUGAUAACAUUGUUUGUUGUGAAUAUAAUGCCUGGAGUUACCACUAAUGAUAGCUCCUCUCCUACCUACCCCAUCUUGACACAGAAGCUCUCUUGGCAUGUCAUGUUCUAUUCUAGGGCUUGGUCUGACCCCCAGCUGUGGUCUGGCAGGAUUUCCAGCCAAAAGUACUUGGGACCAAUUUAGCCAUGGUUGGAGCUUUUGUGAGAAUGAAUGUGCUCCCCGGCAUCCCCUAGAUUUGGCUGCUGCAUGCAUGAAUGAUUUGGGCAGUGUCCCUACUGGUCCUGUUUGCUCUGUCAGUUUCCAGUCAAUGUACACAAAGGGGCUUGCUGAUGCAAUGGGUGUGAAAGUGAGACUCUUACAGUAUGGAAUACACCUUUGUUCUCUACAGGGAUGCCUGUUGUUUGCAUACACAUCAGCCCUUGAAAUUCAGCAGAGAACACAGUUGGUCUGAUAUGCUCAUCCUGAGAUGCCCAAACCCAUAGCACGGUUUCUAGUAUACUAUAACCUAGCAUGGAUAGGGCAAACCAUUGCAGGGACAUGAGCUGUGUGAAAUAGUUGGCUGCCUCACUCAUCCUGACAGCAGCUGGUAUGUCGACACAGCAGCUCUGUUUGCAUCAGAACCACCUUGGCUAUCACCACCCAGCAAGACUUACAAUUGCAGUUGUACCAAUUGCCAAAGUGGCUGGAAUGACUCAUGAACAUGGGUGCCAACCUCAGGGCAGUCUGUUAAGAAACGAGGCACGAACCCCAAACUGGUUGUAUGUUCCGUACUUAGAUUUCAUCAACCAAGUAACAAGUGUGAACUCCUCAACCAUUGUAACAGCCUUAACGUGGCUCGGGCACUCAGGGAUGUCUUGUCACCCAGACAAGCCUGCCUCUGUGAUAGAUGGACCCUUACACCAAAAAUCACAGCAAUAUUC